AUGGCUCUCAGCAAAGAGGAAUAUCAGCUCACGUAUGUCCGACUGGAUGACCCAUCGGGGACUGCGACAAACACAAAACGCAAGUCACGGCCGUUAUCUGUGUCAGAACAACAAGCAAUACUGCAAUCUCAGACGAAUUUCUUUGGUUCGAGUUGGACCUUUGAAAUCCUUAAUUGUCUCAUCGCUGUGGCUUUUCUGGUUGCCAUUAUACUUGUACUGUACAAUUUCGAUGGGAAACCAGUGCCAGAAUGGCCGUACGGUAUCACGUUGAACGCGUUAGUCUCAGUUCUGUCUACAGCUAUGAAGGCCGGAAUGGUCUGCAUUGCUACUGAAGCUUUGUCCCAACUGAAAUGGUCCUGGUUUAACCAAGGCAAUAAACUAAGUGACUUGGCAUUACUCGACGCCGCUAGCCGUGGACCGGUGGGGGCCUUGAUUGCUCUAUUUUGCUUUGUUCCUCGCCAUCUUGUCACAUUCGGAUGUCUGGUCCUCGUUAUUGCAGCUGCUACGGACCCAUUUGUGCAGCAGGUGAUGGGAAUUUUAGGACGGUCAGUCCCAACCCACGGCAAUGCAUCCAUUCAAGUGUGCAACUCAAGUCUUUACACCGAUUAUGGACUAGGCGAAGGCCCCGGAAUGAACAAAGCACCACUGUCGACAGUCGGUGCCAUCUACUCUGGGAUUUUCCAAGAACAAAGCGCAAACAGUAAAAGUCCUUUGAUAGCGUGCGCUACAGGAAACUGUACAUUCACGCCAUAUCAGUCUCUCGGCAUUUGCAGCCGGUGCGCCAACAUCACCGACUCUCUAACAGUCCAGAAGGUGGAUGGGUCCACCCCUCAGCAAGCAAUGUACAACUACAAACUACCAAAUAGUUUCACUUUCCAUACAUCCACAUUUGGAAAAGAUCUCAUGAACAGCACAUAUCUUCGUCCUCUCGUCAGCCUAAACACAACCGGCCUGGCAAGUAUUCUCAACUUUACCGCAAUCACUUCUUCUGGCUAUAGUGUACCCCCCACAGUGAGUGCAACUGAGUGCUCCCUCUACUUCUGUGUCGAUACCUAUCAUGCAGCUGUCAAGAACGGGUCCUUCACGGAGAAGCUCACCUCAACUGAAGGUACAUCGAAUUACUCGAGCACCUCCUUAAAAGACUUUGAAAUCGUACCAAAUACUUGCUACGUGAACGGCACACAACAAGAAAGCACACACAGGCCAGAGUGUGCCUUCAAAGUGAACUGGCUAAGCACCCUAGCUCUUUCAAACUCAAUAGCCCCUUUGCUAAAAGGUACGGGGUCACUGUUCACGAGUAAUCGACCAAGUUGGUCAGCCGACUCUAUCCAUGCCCUCUACGGGACAUACGGCAAUUACACCGAUAUAAAUCUUGUCUUCCAGUCACUCGCAGCCUCACUCACGUUCCAUGCACGAUCAAAGAUCUGCCAUGCCUCUCACGGCGGAACUGCCUGGUCCACGGUAUCUUAUGUUCAUGUGCGGUGGUUGUGGAUGAUUUUACCUAUCACGCUGGUGUUCCUGAGUGCGCUUUUCUUGAUCAUCACUAUUUUCCAUACAAGGAGAGAUUACAUUUGGAAGUCUUCGCCUUUGGCUCUGCUAUUCUCCAACUUGGAUCUUGAGGGACCCAAUCCUUUCAGAACGGAUCCUACCCUCAAGGGGAUUGAACGGACGUCUCGCCAAAUGGACGUGCGGUUGGAGACUUCUUCCAACGGCCCUAGGAUUAGGGUCAUUCCUAUUCAUUAG